UGGCAGUGAUGGUGCAUGCACUUCCAUGAACUUACAAGAGCCGGAAAUUUAAAAUAUAAAUUCUAGAUUAGAAAUAGAGUAUAGUUAUAGAUAUCUAUCUAUAUCUAGGACUUGAGAAUAAUCUAGACUCAUUCUUACUAUUUCAAAAAUUUGCAUUUAGGAUGGUCUAGAUAUAGACAUAGAAUCUAGAUAAAAUCCUAUUAUUUGUUUUAAUCUAUAAUAUAGAUGAAUUUUAAAGGAGCUUAGGCUUAGAUCUAUCGUCGUAUCGAGCAGAUUUAAAUAACCGAACGAAAGCAGUUCACUAGCUUAAAAAACAUGUUGAUUUAUUAUUUAUGUUUUUAGAUUGCAGAGAGUGUAGUGAUACAAUACUUCUAUAAUGACAGCAAGGUCAAGAACCUUUGCAACAUGUCUACAGACAUAAAAUGAAAGAUGAUAAAGAAAGUACCUCAACAUAUUAGUUUCACAUAUUUUUUUGUGAUUUAAAAAAAAAAAAAACUUUAACAAGGAUUCCAUAGAAUGGAUCAUGGAGAAAUCUUUGAGUGGGCUGCUGAUGGGAUGACUGAAAAUCUGAAAUCCCUAUUUGAGGAAAAUCCUAAUUUUAUUACUCUGACUGGAAGAAAUGGUAGUCAUCUCAUUCAUGUGGCUGUUCAAAAUAAUCAGGAAGAUGUCAUUAAAUUGAUUGUCAAAUCUUUGUAUGGAGCAAGAGAAAUUGAUGCACUUGAUAUAAAUGGAAACACACCACUCCAUGUAGCUGUGACUGCAGGAGAUGCUAGAUUAACAAAGCUGCUUAUAGAUCUAAAUGCUGCCACUGAUAUCAAGAAUGGUUCUGGUCUGAUGGCAAUUCAUCUUGCAGCAGAACUGAAAGAUGUCACAGUUCUUAAGGUGUUACUGAGAACAGGAAUUAAUCCCAAUAUGCAGGGAGAUACUGGAUACACUCCACUUCAUGUGGCUGCAGCUAAAAAUAAUUUCAAAGCCUUAGAGCUUUUGAUAAAACAUGGUGGAAACUUGACUAUAAGAGCGCUUUCUGGAUUUUCACCAGUCCAUACUGCAGCCAUCAAUGGAGCCACUGAAGCUAUACAGAUAUUUGUUGAAGAAGGUAAAUUAGUGGGAUAUUCUAAAGAACAAAUCAUGAAUUUAAUGGACUCAGAGAAACAGUUACCCAUACAUGCUGCAGUGACCAGUGGCAAUGCCAGGACUGUUGAAAUGUGCUUGAAAUAUGGAGCAAUCUGUACAAGCCAAAAGAAUGAUGGUUCCACUCCUGUCCACUAUGCUGCAGCUCAGGGCAAUGUCAAUGUGCUCCAGGCCAUAUUUGAUCAUGAAAAGAGGAGUAUGUACUAUGCUCAGACAGUGACAGACAUUCAAGGCAGAACUCCCCUGCACUGGGCUGCUUUAUUUAAUCAUGUGGAAGUGGUCAAAUAUCUUUUGAAGUUGCAUGCAGAAAUAGAUUGGUAUGACAAAGCUGGAAACACACCUCUGUUAACUGCUGCAUCCAGUGGUGCCUGGGGGGCUGUCAAUGUGCUGCUUUCUUCUGGUGCAGAUGUCAUGGCAACGGAUGGAUCCAAUAGAAAUUUUCUACAUAUUGCCAUCCGGAGUGAGUUAGACCUGAAAGGAUUCUUUAAAAAUCUUGAGCAGUCCAAAUCGAAAAUUCUGUUAAUAAUUAAUGAGCAAGAUAUUUAUGGCAGUACAUCACUCCACUAUGCAGCUCAAGAAGGCUAUGUCCAAGUUGUGGAGUCCUUGCUGGCACUCUCAGCUUCUCCCUUAAUUAAAGAUAAAAAUCAUCAGUCAGCGUUGCAUGUUGCUGCCAGCAAUGGCAGAUACAGUGUUUGUAAAAUUUUGUUGAACAGUUCUGAAGGGGCUGUGAUCAAAAAUGAAACUGAUGUCAAUGGUAUGUCAGCUUUACAUUUGUCAGCUCAAAAUGGAUAUUUUAAGAUUCUCUCAAUGUUUAUUCAACAUGGGACACUAGUCACAAGAAACUUGAGAGAAAACACACCCUUACAUCUAGCGGCAGAGAAUGGACAUGAGACUUGUGUCUACAACUUGAUGACUGUACACAGCUACCUAUUAGAUGCUGUUAAUAUAGAUGGGAAUACAGCUCUUCAUUUAGCAGCACUCAAUGAUCACCCAGAUGUGGUCAAGAUGUUACUAUCUGCUGGUGCUGCCAAUCUCUACAAUGUUGAUGAAUAUAGUUUCUUUGACUAUGUUAUUUCUAAAGGUCACCAGUCAGUAGCAUAUACAGUUAUCAAUCAUGACCGAUGGGAAGAGUGUCUGGAAUGUCAUUCCAAGUUGUAUGGUAAAGCUAUGCUGGGCCUAAUUCAACAUCUUCCAAGUGUUUUUUUGCAUGUUCUUGACAGAUGUAUAAGUAGAUCUAAGCUUGAUCCUAUGAAUGAAAAUUAUAAUGUGACCUACAAUUUCAGAUAUCUUUUUGUGGAGAAAGACGUAAUGUCCUAUGCCCAGGAAAUGAAAAUGAAAUUUUCUCAUUUGUUACCAUUGAAGCUAAUGUUGAAGUUCAACAGAGUGAGCUGUUUGGCUCAUCCAUUGACCUUAAUGUUUCUAGAGUUGAAAUGGAACAAGUAUGGAUGGUUUAUAAGCCUUCUAGAUUUAACUCUGUAUGUAUUGUACUUGGUGGCUCUGACAUGGUUUGUUGUCACUCAUCGUGCGUUAGACCAUUACGACCCGGUUAUAUUGGGACCCAGACCCGCCUGGGACCUGAGUAACUUUGAUGACUUUCUUUUGCCCUCUAACACAACGCCCAAUCCAAACAAAAAUUUGGUUGCCAUUAAGUCAUCCUGGAACUUUGGAUCUUCAUUGUUUCCUCCUGAAUCUAAAACAUUUCAGUGUGGCAUUCUUGGCAAAAUAGAACUCUGGACUGUGGUUGUUUAUUGUUCAAUGAUUGCAGUUAAAGAACUUAUCAGAUUUAUCAAAUCUAUUAAAUCUCAGUAUUUUCUAGACUUCCAAAAUUAUCUAAACUGGUCAACAUAUUGGUCUUCACUGUUUUUUUGCUUUCCAUUUUUAUUGGGCUACUCUACACAUAUACAAUGGGACUUUGGUGCUGUAUCUAUUUUAUUGGCAUGGUUUAAUUGUAUGGUUAAUCUUCAAAGAUUUAAUCUUGUUGGAAUUUAUAUUGUAAUGUUUCUAGCCAUUAUGAAGACUUUGCUUCAAGUUAUUCUGAUAUUUUUCAUGAUUGUCACUGCUUUUGGUCUUGCCUUUUAUGUCUUGAUGUCUGAAGAGCCCUCUCAGCGUCACAAAACUCCAUUGCUUUCCAUCUAUAGCACAUUUAUACUGAUAUUUGAGAUUGAAUACUUAUUGACCUUCAACACUGUAUAUCUGGAUAACGACCCAUCAACACUUCAUUUCAGUACCCUCAGUUUUUUACUGCUGGCAAUAUUUCUGUUCUGUAUGCCUUUAUUGUUAGUGAAUUUAUUGAUUGGAUUAGCUGUGGGUGAUAUAGCUUCAGUCCAGAGAGAUGCAAAACAAAAAAAGUUGGCUACUCAAGUUAUGUUUCAUGAUAGUGUUGAGGAAGCACUACCAUUCUUGAGCAAAGUUCCAAACAUGUAUACCAUUUACCCAAAUCUAGCAGGAUUUUCUUGCACUGAGUCUAUGCACUUUAAGCAAGCCAAAUUUUCAGACAGCCAAACUGAAGUGGAAGAAACAUUUAUAGGAAAAGAAAUAAGCAAAGUUCAAACGAGGCUGGACGAGCUCUUUGAUGUGUGUGAAAAAAAUAAAGGGAUGAUGCAAGAAAUAAUGAAACAGAUGGGUAUUACUCCUGAAGAUGAUCUCAGAGAUGAAAAAGAAGCUCUUAUUUUUGGCUGAACUUUUGUCAACGUCCACUAAAACUGACUUGAUUCAAUUGACAAGAUGGCAGCUUCAAGAUUUGUUCCUCCUUAUUGCAUAUGUUAACACUGUUUCAUUUCAUUAUAUUAAAUGUCUACAUGUAGACUUGCCUCUACCUCUUCAA